GUCCCAUAGGCGUCCUCCCUUAACAUGGCGAGCUCAUGUGCUGCUGCAGCCAUGGAUGGAGACCUUGUGAGAAAUACCGAAUACACACCGAAACCCCGCAGUGGAGACGUCGACCAGCGCAGUGGUGGUAUGCUCAUUGCUGUCGGGCUUGGGGUUGCUGCAGCAGGCUUUGCAGGUCGAUAUGCUUUCCAGUUAUGGAAACCUCUUGGACAAGUUAUCACACAAACUGCCAAGAAGUUUCCUUCCACAGCGUUCUCUGCAUAUUAUAAAGGAGGAUUUGAGCAGAAGAUGACUAAGCGAGAAGCCAGUCUCAUCCUGGGGAUCAGUCCUACAAGCACAAAGAUGAAAGUGCGAGAGGCCCACAGGAGGAUCAUGGUCCUGAACCAUCCAGACAAAGCCAUUCCGCUGCUCCUUCAGGCAACUUUAACUCAAUGUGAAAUAAACCGUGUGCUCCACGAUGCCUGUCUGUGGACGAUGGGGCUUCUACCUGUGAGGAGAGAGAGUGAUGGAGAGAGAGAGAGAGAGAGAGAGAGCAACAGACAGUGGAUCUCCAUAUUUGGCAGCAAAGAUCAAUGAAGCCAAAGAUCUUCUGGAAUCUGGCCCGCGGCGCUGACCAAACCCAACCUGCUCUUCAGGCCACUGUCCACUCUGCCACCUCCUGUUCACCCCCUCCUCGCCCCCCCCACCCAAGCGUGCUGUGGCCCCGCCCAUACAGUGGCUUUAUAUUGAAGGACUUUUGUGUUGCAGAUAUGAAGUAAUAGCUUUCAUUGAAAUGAUAAAAAUACAGUUUUAUUUGGUGCUGAGGUGUCAUUCCUAAAGAAUGUCCAUGCAGUCAUGAUCCUGUUCAUGUGUAGGGGGGUGUAGGGGGAAGGCUUGGAGUAAGAUGGACCUGUGUGUGUGAAGAUGCAUUAAAUUAUUUAAGGAAGGUGAAUAAACUAUAAAAGUAUGAA